AUGUUCUCAUCGCAGGAGAAUGGCCGCGCGGCGCCUGAUCUGACGGCGUCGCCGGGGCGCGCGCCGCCCGGCCCGCCGCAGCCGCCGCGCGCCAACCAUGCGCCGCCCUGCGUGCUGCAGCCAGACUUCAGAAAGGUAUCAGGAGUGAGCAAUGAAAUAUUCAGGCAGAUUGAAAUGGUUGAAAAUGACCACGAUUCAACUACAGCCGCGGCGCUCGAGGCGGUGGAGCGACGCGGUGAAAUGAUCGUAAGAAUACUUGAAUUGAGACAAGUGGGCCGAAACAAUAUUGAAGCGGCAAAGAAAUUCUUCGCAUUACAGGACUCUCGCCACAUAGUUCAACUAGUGGAAAUCGUAAAACGACCAGGACAAACCCUCGGCUUGUACAUCAGGGAAGGCGAUGGAGGCGCACGAACUGACGGUGUCUUCAUAUCUCGGAUAGCACUUGAGUCCGCAGUCUACAACAGUGGAUGCUUGAAAGUGGGAGAUGAGAUAUUGGCAGUCAACCUGGUAGAUGUUAGACGAAUGUCCUUGGAUGAUGUGGUGAUCAUAAUGUCAAUACCAAGACGAUUGUUGCUUUGUACAAGGCAGAGAAAGGGUAAAUCUGGUCCCGGUUCCCCUUCGCUGCCUCGUUCAGAGCAUAAACCGCCGCCAGUCGUCGUAUUGAAAAGGGAUUGUCGCGAUGAUGACGACAGAGAUCGAGAUCGGGACAGAGAUCGAGUGGACGGCUUGUAUUCACAACAUGGAACUCUUCGUUCGACUGGUGGUCCGGGGAGCACAGUGCGUCCCGUAGGAGAUGGAAGAGAAGAGAGGAGUCGUCUUCAACUUGGUGCUUUAUCACCGGACUCCACUGCUUUAGAUCUUUAUUAUAACCCUAGACCGCCUUCGGAUCACUCUACUUGGAGCUACCGUCCUCCACCACCAGUGAUCACGGAGCAGCCUAAAUCCUCAGCAACACACUUUGUACCUUAUGAACGAUCGUAUCCUAAUACACUUGACAGCCUCGCGGAAAAAGUGCACUCAUACUAUCCACCCGAGAGUGCGAGCACGCGAUUUGGUGGGCGAGUGCCUCGGUCAGGAUCAGAACAGCAAUUGCCCCGCGCAGAGACUCAUUCUGAUUUUGGGCGUCAUUCACUCUUGAGAUCUAGCCUUAAGGCUUCGGCAGCAGCUGGUGGAGCAACAAGUCUUUCAAGAUAUAACCAACGCUACGGUGGCGUAGGAAUGCCAGGAUCAGGUUUAACCAGCAGUGGCCUAACUGGAACAGGUUUGACUGGCACGGGGUUAGGUGGUCCUGGGCUUCCUUCGGGACUCUCCAGCACCGGACUCAGCGGUCUUACAGGCUCAAGCUUGGUAGGAUCUGGACUCACCAGUUCCGGACUCGGAACUGGCCUUUCAGGCACUGGUCUUGGAUCGGCUUUAGGUGGAGGCUACGGAACAACAGGGCUCGGGCUACCUUCGUAUAGCGGUAAAUUCGGCACAACUCGGCGGAACAGGAGUUUGGACUAUUCGUCAGACACAGAAGCUACUGCUCCAACAAGAACUCCUUACUAUUCAGGUCUAAGUGGCUAUCGGAGUAGUACGCUUGGUAGAGAUAUUGGAUCGAAAUUUAAUUCGCUCCCGAGAGAUGUGCGAGGGACUGGACAAAGGCUGGGGCUGACAAGACGCGCGGGAAGUGUUCUACAAGACGAACCAGAGCCCUUGUCUUCAAGAUUGGAUCUUCGUUCUUCCAGAGGUCGCCUGCCCUCAUCACCUUCAGUAUUUACGUCAGAUGAAUACCGCGCGUGGUUAUCUCGUGCACCCUCGACUAGCGCUCUUUACGAAACGCUACGACCUCGUCUCCCUACGCACUAUUCAGCUGAAAACAUACACGAUGCGCUCAAAAAUAUGGAGAGUGGAAGUCGUUUCGGGUCGUCUCUCGGUCUCGCAAGCCGUCGAGUGGAACGACCACGGCAUUUACCGGCGAGAUCAGUUUCUUCUCAACAAUUAGGGGCUGCUCAACAACUUGGCACAGGUCCCACCGGAGGUUCACCUUCAGCAAGGCGUGUGAGACAGUUACUGGAGCUAGGAUCCCGAUUCACAUGCCCCAACCCAAGCCCAGUGCCCACUCCGGGAUCCAGACAUCAAAGACAGCUUGAUAUUAAUCCAAAUGAUUUCCUUAAAUACAAAGUAGAGAAAACGAACUCUGGCGGUUUGUCGGCGUCUAUGACUGGUCUGUCGCGGCUGGCGGGAGGCGUCUCGGGUAUGCUGUGGGUACACUUGUUGUCUGGUCGUUCACUCCGACCAGGUCCUUCCGGUUCCUCGCCAGGGUCUCCACCGUCUGGCCCACUGGCACCACCACAGCCAACCGUCACUCCAAGGGAUUUGUAUUGCGUGCUUGAAUGCGACCGAGUGCACAAAGCCCGCACUGUGGUUCGCACAGGUGAACUACAAUUCGAUUGGGAUGAAUCAUUUGAACUGGAACUCGUCGAUAAUAGGCUAUUGGACGUACUGGUGUAUUCAUGGGAUCCUCAACACAGACACAAACUGUGCUACAGAGGAACAGUCUCGCUACCGGAUUUGCUUUUACGUACUCCCGCUCAUCAACUUGCUAUCAAGAUGGAACCCCGCGGAACAUUGUUUAUCAGAGUGCGGCACACAGAACCCCACGAGCUGUUCCGUAGAAGACCUACCCAAGGACGCAUAUCUCCCCCGCCGCUCUUCGGCGUGGAGUUAGAAGCAGUAGUGUCUAGAGAGGUCAGAGCUCCCCAUGCAGCGCCCGUGCCGUUGAUAGUACGUCGCUGUGUGGAGGAAAUUGAAAGACGUGGCCUCGAUAUCAUAGGUCUUUACCGAUUAUGUGGUUCUGCAAGCAAAAAGCGUGUUUUACGAGACGCAUUUGAGCGUAACGCCCGUGGGGUGGAGCUCUCGCCAGACUCCGUGCCCGACAUCAACGUCAUCACGGGACUCCUGAAGGACUACUUGAGGGAAUUGCCGCAGCCGCUAUUCAGCCGCUGCCUGUAUCAGAUGACUUUAGACGCAUUAGGAGUUUGCCUGCCAGACGACAGAGAAGGUAACGCUCGUCUCAUGGCUUCGAUAGUGGAAUGCUUACCACGAGCGGCUCGAGCCACGCUGGUCUUCCUCCUGGACCACUUAGCCCUCGUGGUAGCCGCCCAGGAUCGCAACAAGAUGUCGCCACAGCAUCUCGCUGUGGCGCUCGCUCCACCACUGAUGCUCCACUCACAACCAUCAGAGAGAGGAGAGUUGGAUUACCAGAGACCAAUACAUGUGCUACAAUGUCUCCUCCAGAUCUGGCCGCCACCUAAACGUUCAGUUCGGCGCGGCGAGCCAGUAGUCGGGCCGCGUGGAAACAGAGUCAGUGCGUCGCCAGCGGCCUCACUCACCCUCCCCCAAGGCCGAGUUCCGCCCUCAGUCAGUCCAUAUCGGCCUCAAGUGGCAGCAUCAGCAGCAUCUCCGCCGCCAGCUCUCUCGGGUCGGCCCGUGCCCGACCGCUCGCCGCCCGCACAUGCUCUCUCAUCAGUCAGGGGCGGCCAAUAUCGUCCGCAGUCGCCUCUCCGCGGACCUCUACCCGCGCCGCCGCGGCCGCGGCAGGUGACGGUGUCCUCUCCCGGUUCGGGCAGCACUAGUUCCGGCAGUCACAGCCCUGCGGAUACAAUCAAGCACGGCGGCUCAGUGUCGUCGAUCCUGCGGCAGCCGGAGCGUGCACCGUCGCCGCGCAGCUCACCGCGUGCGUCCCCCCGCGGCUCCCCGCGCGCCUCCCCGCGCGCCUCGCCGCGCGACUCGCCGCGCUCGGCGGGCACGCCGCGGGAGUCGUCGCCGCGCGCGGCCGCGUCCGCUCCGCCCGCGCCCAACGCGCCUGCGCCCAGCGCGCCCUCGCCCUCGCCGGUGAUCCCGGGCACGUCGGCCGGGCUCGCGGUGACGCUCAACUCGGGCCUGAGCCCGCGCUACGACUCCUCCACCAACCCGUUCCUGCAGCAGUACGACGCGGAAGCGGAGGCGGAGGCGUGGCGUGCGGCCGAUAUCUUCUCGCCGCCCUCGACCCGCUCGUAGUGGCGUCGAGUUGAGAUUUUCUAGUCAAUUUUUUUAAAUCGAAUCGCGGCCGCAGCUCCGAUUCCGCUGUACAUUAUGUUGUUUGUUCGAGCGUGAUGCGCGUUCGCGUAUUUGUUAUAUAUAGAGCGAGUUGCGAUGUAUAUUAUGGUGAGAAUGUAUAUGCUGAGGCGCGAGGCUCGACCUCGCCGUCCGCCGUCGGCGCGCCCCGUAGACUCUAUAGUGUUUAUCGUAUUGUAUUGUACAUUGUAUAUAAUAAACGUGUAUGUAGGUACGCUCCAAUUUUGUACCGUUAGGACGGGACGGCGGCGGGCGGCCCGCGGCGCUACACACAUCAUCCCACAUAUCAGAGAUUUGUGUACGCGAUUGACACGGCGAGUAUAGUAUUAACUAUUGAUACAGUAAAUUUUGGUCAGUUUGCACAAAAAUAUACAUUAACCUCAUCGACGGUAAGGUCAUACACAAUUUAUAAUCGCUCGUAUAAAACGAUGACAUUAAUUAUUUAGGUUGUCGAUGGCGAACACAAGUCAGUAGUUCGAGUAGGGAGGUGUAUCAUAGGUCAGACGUUCGGACUGUCUUGAGACUGAGACCAUAUCAUAGUACCUGGCUCGCGUCUCGUACUCAUUGCGCGAGACUCGGCCGCAUCCGUCGUAGAACCAGCGAUUACGCCACGUAUUGUGCAAAUUUAGCAACGCAAACAGUUAUCGUCAAUGUUAAAUAUCCAUUUAAUAAUCCUUGUUCAUUAACUAAAGUAUUAAAAAUAUGUAACGGUAUUAACUUAUAUAGAGUUAGUAAAGCAAUUUUACGAAUCGCUAAUUCUAUGAAGGAAUGGAAUUUUAUUCAUUGGUUUCGGUCGCAUUCUCAAGAUCAGAGGUAUUAUGUUCGAAAUUUGAAUAAGUUUAGUGGGACAAAAUUAUUCAAUAUAAAACGGAUUAAUAAUAUUAUUAUAAUUAAAAAGUAUGAUUAAAAAUAAAUCAAACUUCGAAAAUAAAACCUCAGUUCUUAAUACUAGCGUCUGCUAGACAUAUAAAAUUGCAUUUAUAAGGGCAGUUGAAACGCGAGUUGGAAACAUUCAAUGCUAUUAUCGCACCGUAAAAAGGUGGACAAUCUGGUAAUUUAAUUGCCCAUGUAAAAGUAUCUUAAAGGUGGUAGAAAUUGACCAAUGACAGCACUGGAUCCUACUUUCACUGCCAUGAUUGGUCCAUUUUAAGAUAGAAAGCAUUAUAAUAUACACUUGUUUAUAUGUCUGUCGGAGGCUACGCGGUUACUUUUUACUUUUGAGCGACACAUCAAGACGAAAUUUUGUUGUUAAAAUAUUACUGUUUAUAAAAAUAGAGAUGCACAAAUAACACGACUGAUAUGGGACACAAAAUGUUUUUGAUAACUUUUUACUUUUUGUAUCUAACUGUUCCUCGUUUGUAAAUGAACUAGACUUUGUUGGACGACCUCGCCUUUACUGUACCUCUGUAAAUUUUAAAAAUAAAUUAUUUAUUCGUACAUGAAUUCUAAUUUUAAAAUAAUAUUUAUUUCAACGUUCAUUCAUGCUUCUUGAAUAGGGACUGUUUAAUAGUGAUUAAAUGACUAUUAAUAAAGUAAAUAAUUAUUAUUUUCGUAGAAUGCAUGUACGAAUAUUUACAAUAUCUUAUAUGAAGGCUGAAUAUCGAUGACAAUAUGUAGCGAUAAAUGUCGGUCGAUCGAAUUUUGUCGAACGAUCGCCUUCAUGAAGAUGUCGCUCGGUUCGUGUUAACGGACAGAUUAAUUUUAAAUGUUUUGUACAUUUAUAAAACGUAUAUUAUCAUGCCUACACUAUAUAUUUAUUAGUUUUUGUUAAUAUUGCGAGUCCAAUAUAUAAAUCUAACAUUCCUGUUGAAUUAUAUUCGCAAAUUAUAUAUUUUGCGUCUAGUUUUUAUUUGCCUAGAAUUGUGGAUAUAGUCUUAGGUAAAUUAAUAUUAAAGAGUAAAUAUAAUAUUAUAACUAUGACAGAUAUUCAAUUCAUCGCAAUUGAAUUAAAAGUUGAAGGCAACGAGCGACAUUAUAACUUUAUGUUAUACACGCAGACCCGAAACAUGUUGCAAAAAUCCUUACAUAUUACCAAACAAAGACGUCUAUAGCGUCUAUCUGAACCUAAUAAACUUAAAAACUUUCAAACGGGUUUCGAUGUUCUAUGUUGAGUUGAGACCCUGGAAAGGACAUAGUAGAUCCUUUUAUCACGAAAAAACUUUCACGCAGGCGACGCCACGAGCAAAAGCUAGUACAUAAUAUAAUAGAAUAGAGUAUUUAAAUACUAGAAAGCUUGUAGGAGUGAUAAUGUACUAGAUCUGUUAAUACGAACCGAUAUGAUUCAAGUGCUCACUCACUACGCUGUAUUUAUUACUUUAUAUAACUUGGACGAUGGCUGACUCUACUAUACUAGAGAAGAGAUAUGGAUGCUUUAAGACUUUUUGAAUUGAACCAUGAGGCAGUUCUUUGUACUAUUCUUUCACUACAAUUAUUAAAUAUUAAUAAUUUGGAGAUAUUUAUGAAAUAUAAUAGCGCAAUCAAUAACGACACAAAGUAAAAUAAACAUACGUAUUUAUAGGAACACGUAAGUCUAUAUAACUGGAUAAUGAGACUUAAAAUCAAACCUCAGGUCAUCUGAUCAUCAUAUGUGGUCAUGGUCAUCCAUGCACUCAUGAGCAUCUGAGUAAUGGAACUAUUAAUUCCUUCAUUGAAUAUUCAUAGCUAAUGAUAAAUAAAUAUGCAUAAAUAACGUGUACAGCCGGAAUACACUACUUUUGUUUUUGCGCAGACAUUAGAGAUCAAAACAAUAUGGAAAAGAAACUUCCUGACUUUUUGAUCACUUAAGUAAAUUAAACAUUACUAUUGCAUUAUGGUGAACAAUAUCUAUUCCCGGUGUAUUGACGACAACCGGUACCUACUACAAGUAUUACAUAGAAUAUUAAAUAUAAAUCGAUUGACGUAAGCAAUUUAUGAAGGAUUAUAAUAAAAUAGAAUAAAUAAUAUAAAUAUACUUACUAUUGUAAAUAUAGCCUGGUGUGUGGCCACUUUAUUUGUGUAUUACGCCCUGCACUCUUGUACACGCGGAUCUUAUCAUACGUUUAAGAUGUCAAAUAUCUUUAGGAGUCAUAAUAAAUAGUAAAUACAUUUAAAUAUAACUCGUAUAACCAGCUAAGAAAAUUUAAAUUUUGCCAUCAAGCAGUAAAUCUAUAUUUAUAAGACGAAUUGGUAAUUUCGUUUGAGAUGAUUUCUGAGAGCCAGUCGUAAAGGCAGUGUGUCCCGUGUACAGGAAGCAGAGUCUGGUAGUAAAUGUGAGUGAGCUUGGAGCUGAUGUGUCGCUCGACGGUCCGGUAGCCGGCCCGAGCGUAACGGUAGUGUGUAGUGACAACGGCGCACGGCUUCUGUUGGCUUCUUUCGUGGCUGUAAUUGUGAGAGAUUACACUUAGACUAAUAACAUUACUCUCUAAUAAUGUUAUAUUUAUAAGAAAAUUUUAUUCACAAUUGUUGCUCAGAUACAGUACCCUCGCUGAGUUUUUCGAAUACUAUACCUAUAAUAUAAUGAAUGUAUUGUUUAUUCUAUUUGUAUAAAAACUUACCGUGUCAUGUAUUAAAUAAAUCGUCGUAUAUUCAACGUUGACUACGAUUUGUACUACAAAUUUAAAUAGAUAAAUAAAUAUGAAAAAUUGUCAAACCCUGCCAUUUACAGAUAUAUAAAGGCGUAAAUUAGUGAUUACUGAUUAGAUUGAAUAAAUUUUUCAGUUGCAGCCGAAUGUUUUAUUGGAAGUGUGUAUCUCUCAAAGUUAUCGCCGCUGUAAGUUUGUGUUGCGAGGCGUUCGGCCUCUCAGAUAUCAGUAUUUCGACAUUUGGUAAAACGUAGCGUUACGUGUACUUACGAACAAUAACCACCGCUCGUAUCUGUACCGGGCGGUUGGACACAGACUAAAUAAAUAAUACGACGUUA